AUGUGUUAUAUUUCAUCCACCACAGUGCCCACUUGUGGUCCCGAAACUGUGACUCAGUCUUCGCACAGGUAUCUGAACUCUGUCGGAUCCACUUCACUUAUUCCUAUCAAGCUGGGGACUGCUAAUCUACCGAUGAGUGGAGCACCCACCUCUCAUCCGAUUGGGAUGUACCUUGGGAUGGUUCAAACCCCUGUGUUACCAAAUGUUUCCGGCCUGGUCAGCAAACCAACCAUUUACCUCACCCCAAGUGUACUGUCGCUUACACAAGCGACAGAUCUCUUGUGCCAAACUGUUCCCACUGUAGCGUCUGCAGGUGCUGCAACUACACCAACCGUGUCUAUAACUAACCCCACUGGAGCUUCGGUAACCGACCCGGGACAACUGUUCGCGCAAUCGAAUUCGUUUGGUCCCGAGAGUCAAACUGUGCCCGCCUCAGGCUCGUUUCAUUCCGGUCAGAACGCUCUUCAGUCCACUCAACUCAGUUGUACUCCAUCCGACCACCUAUCGUCCGGCGAGUUACCCUCACUCUCUCAGAUUGAAAACAUGUGGCUUCGUAUUCGUGAACUGCGCCGAACACUGGCGAAGGCACGGGAAUCUGCUGCCAGUAGCAUCGCUGAAGGUGCGGAAUCGGGACAAGUUGCCGCUGAGAUCAAACAACUGGAAUCGGAACACGAGCGGUUAGCAACCCUGUUCCGUCUAGUCAUCAUCGAGCGAAUUGAUGCACUGGAAUCACAGGAUUCGGGUGUUUACACUAGCAGCUCAGAUGGAUUAAACGCGAAUCCAUCAUCAUCAUCCGCCGAUUUACAACUGGAACUCAAUCUCAUGUGUUCCUAUUUGCGUAAACUGGGCGGAGGUACGGUAACGCUAGAGAACGGGCCCACUUCUUGUUUCCGAGUUCGACGUGCUAGUUCUCCACUAUUGGACGCUAAAGCUGAUACAGGAUACAACCAUCUCACGCGUGCACCAAGUUGUAUAUCAGGCCCAAUCCAUGUGACCAUUUCGGGUCCGCUGACGUCCACUCCUCGCGUGGUACCAUUCCUAAGUCACGGUUCCCCUUCUGGUGAUGAAGCAUUUCUUUCCGGCUCUUGGCUGAAUGGAACUCACACGGCUCCUCUCAGUCGGAACCGUUCAUCUCCAAUGCAGCAUCAUCUAUCAGGGGAAGGCAUUCAAAUGGAUGACCUCCUCACACCGGGGUAA